CCGCCCUCGGCUACCCCGCGCCCCCAUUGGUGGCGUCUGGCGGCGCGGCCGCUGUUAUUUUUCGAAUAUAUAAGGAGGUGGAGGUGGCAGCUGCAACCAGAGUCUUCCCGGACUGCAGCUUGCGCCCCGCGCUUAUCCACCUCCACCUCCACCUCCACCUCCACCUCUACCUCUACCUCUACCUCUACCUCUCCCCACUCUCCCCGCAUCCCUCCUCUCCUCCCUCAUCUCCCUUGCUCCUGACCCCGUAGCUUUCCCUCCUUCCCCCUUCCUUCCACCCCAGGCCCGCUCCUUCCCUGGUCCUGGCCAGCUGUGGCCGGGGUCUGCAGCCCCCUCCGCGAUGGAGGGGCCCCCGCCCCAGCCCGAGCCUGCGCCCGGCUCGGCUCUCAGCCCGGCCGUCGUGCGCACUGGCGCCCAGCGCCUGGGCCACCACCCCGGCCUCCAGCUGGGUUCUCAGGGCCUCCUGGGGUCCCCGGAGCGCGCGGCCUCUUCCUCUCCAGUCACCACCCUCACCCAGACCAUGCACAAGCUCGCUGGGCUCGGCAGUGAUUCCCCAACGUGUCAGGUAGGGACCCUGCCCCUCCGAAGUCAGCUAACUCGCCUAUCCCUGUCUCGGCGGGCAUCAGAAUCCUCCUUGUCGUCUGAGUCCUCAGAAUCUUCUGAUGCAGGUCUCUGCAUGGAUUCUCCCAGUCCUAUGGACCCCCAGAUGGCAGAGCAGAUGUUUGAACAGGCCAUCCAGGCAGCCAGCCGGGUCAUUCGAAAUGAUCAUUUUGCCAUCAGACGCUUCCAGUCCUUGCCAGUGAAGCUGCUGGGCCACAGCCCUGUGCUCCGGAACAUCACCAACUCCCAAGUACUAGACUGCUGGAGCAAGAGCGAGUCGGGUGGCAGAGCUGCCAUCAGUCCUGAAGAGGAUAAGGAGAAUGAGGGAUUUGUUUUCAAGAUGCCAUGGAAGCCUACACAUCCCAGCCCUGCUCAUACCCUGGUGGGGUGGGCCAGCCGCAGAGAGGCCUUUACCCAGAGGCCAAACUCGGCCCCCAACCUGAUGUGUCUCACUCCUGAGCGGAAGAUGGAAGUGGAGGAGCUGAGCCCCAUGGCUCAGUCUCACUGCCUCUCCCUGACUCCUGCUGAGGGAGCUGCUGAGGAAGAUGAUGGAUUUGUGGACAUCCUGGAGAGUGAUUUAAAGGAGGAUGAUGCAGUCCCUGCAGGAAUGGAGAGCCUCAUUAGUGCCCCACUGGUCAAGACCUUGGAUAAGGAAGAGGAGCAGGACCUCGUCAUGUUCAGCAAGUGCCAGCGGCUCUUCCGUUCUCCAUCCAUGCCCUGCAGUGUGAUCCGGCCCAUUCUCAAGAGACUCGAGCGGCCCCAGGACAGGGAUAUGCCUGUACAGAGCAAGCGGAGGAGGAGCGUGACCCUUCUGGAGGAGCAGCAGCAGCCUGAGGAACCUAAAGCACGAGUUCUCCGCUCAAAGUCCUUGUGUCAUGAUGAGAUUGAGAGCAUCCUGGACAGUGACCACCGAGGACUCAUUGGAGAUUACUCUAAGGCCUUCCUCCUACAGACAGUGGAUGGCAGACACCAAGACCUCAAAUACAUCUCUCCAGAAACCGUGGUGGCCCUGUUGAUGGGCAAGUUCAGCAAUAUUGUGGAGAAGUUUGUGAUUGUGGAUUGCAGAUACCCCUAUGAGUAUGAAGGCGGGCACAUCAAGACUGCGGUGAACUUGCCCCUUGAACGAGAUGCUGAGACCUUCCUGCUGCAGAGCCCAAUCACACCCUGUAGCCUGGAUAAGAGGAUCAUCCUCAUUUUCCACUGUGAAUUCUCCUCAGAGCGUGGGCCCCGCAUGUGCCGAUUCAUCAGGGAACGUGAUCGUGCAGCCAAUGACUACCCCAGGCUCUACUACCCCGAGAUGUACGUCCUCAAGGGCGGCUACAAGGAGUUCUUCCCACAGCACCCGACCCCUCCCAUGCUGCCCUAGAACUUCUGUGAACCCCGGGACUACCGGCCCAUGAAUCACGAGGGCUUCAGGGAGGAGCUGAGGACCUUCCGCCUCAAGAUGCGCAGCUGGGCUGGGGAGCGGAGCAGGCGUGAGCUCUGUAGCCGGCUGCAGGAACAGUGAGGCUCGAGUGCCAAUCUUGCCACCUUCCUUGCCUCACAGGGCCUGGGUGCCAGUGUCCCAGGGACCUGCCAGAGGCCCCAGGUGCUAGCUGGGGGAAGAUCACACAGGUGUCUUCGCUGUCUGCCCCUGGCCCUAAUUCCCUUUGUUCCCCUCCGGUCAUUUUUCACACCCUGGUGCCACCCUAGCCUGGUGGUUUGUGCCAGCCCAGAGCAAGUAUUUGGUGUUCAGCAGAGCCUGUCAGCUUUUCUCUUCCUUAUCUGGGUUGCUUCUUUGUCUUAUGUCCAGCAAAGCUGUGUGUAGGUCUAUGUGUCUAUGUCUAUAUGCACGCGUGUGUGCAUGUGCAUGUGUGUGUGUUGAGGCUAGGGGAGCCACAGCCUCUGAGGAUUUGCAGACAAGCUCUGUCAUGGCCUGGGAGCCGGCUAGCCCCCUGCUCCUAGGCACUGACCAGGCCAGGGCUGCUCCUGCCUUCUGCAAGAACCACAGUGUCUGUCGUGUUGUCCCUUUCUCUUCUCUUUCCUGUCUUUCCUUACAAGCACCUCCAGUGUAAACAUAAGCUCUUACUCUUUCCUGUUGCAAUGUUACCUGCAAGCUUGAUUUGUCUGAUUUUACCUGUUUCGGGAUAUACACACUUGCUGUGGGGUUCCCCCAUCCAGCUGGGGUUUGAGAUGUGAACAUCAGUUGCCCACCUGGCUUUGGCUUUUGGUGGCCCAGAAAGGGACGUCAUAAUCCUUGAGGGCAUCCAGGGCAAAAGCUAAGGCCUGAAUCAGAGCCCCCUGGAAGCCCAGCACUUACUGCUGUGAACCCUGGGGCCUGACUGGUCAUAAUUUACUGCUGUCUUGUCGAGGAUGGAUGGAAGGACAGAUGGAUGGAUGGUCAUGGAUACAUGGUGUUUUGCACAUAUGUGUGCGCACAAAUUGGGUGGAAGCACUUUGGUGAACAUGACAGCCUGUGGCAGGAGUGUACAUGUGUCUGUGUGUGGACAGAAGUCUUUAAACUUGGAAUUUGGAAAUAUUCAAGAGGAAAUGUCAUUCGACCAGUUAAACCAAGGGCCCAGCAACCUCUGGGUUCAGAAUCUCAAGACGUGGGAAGGGCUGUGCUUGAAGGCCUAAUGAGUCAUCUGUUAGGGCCUUGGUUCAAUAAAGCACUGAUAAGCAAGUUAA